AUGCAAUUGUUUACAUGCGUUCUACUACUCGCAGUUACAGUGCUGGGCGCCAGCGCCUGGCCUCGCAUGGCCGAUGAGUCGAGCCUGCUUCGCAUGGUCAUGGCUCAGCUGAGCUCCCCGCUGGCCAUUUCUCGCGCCGCAUCGCCCGCUGAGACCGCCUGCGUCAACAGGUAUACCAAUGCGACCUACAAGAUCAGCGAGGAGCUGGCCAAUGCCACCAGCAAAUGCGAGGAGGCGGCCAAUCGCACCGUGGUUGCUAAUACACAGAGCGCCAAUGCCACUGUUGCCCAGAUACGCGCCCAGCAUCUGUCGCUGGAGAAGAAUCUGCAGCAAUGCAACAAUGAGACUGAUAGCCAGCGUCUCAUCAACUGCACCGUGUCCACUUUCGACAAGAACCUGCAGCUGCUGGACAGCUCCAACACUCUGGCCUAUCAGACCCAAUCUCAGUUCGCCACCAACUCGACCAUUGUUGCCACGCAGCGCUCCAGCUGCAUCAGUGUUGCUGUUGACGAAUCCAAGGUAAAGUCCAUUGAGGCGGCCAAUGAAUUCAAUAGCUGCAUGGCCAAGGUGCCCAGCCAGCGUGAAUUGCCAGCUGAGCACGAGCCAGAGCGCAGAGAGCUCGCCCAGACUCAGCCGGAGCAGAAGCCUGAGAUGCAGCCGGAGCAGAAACCUGAGCAGCAGCCUGAACAGAAGCCCGCUCAGCCCCUGGCCGCACAACAGCCUGCCAACUAA